AUGGCUUCAGAAUUCUCUUACGACGCUAUUCACGCACGCUACGGAGACGGCAUCCCCUGCCCGUCCGACUACUCCUUCCCUACGCAUGUCAUCGACCGAUGGGCAAAGGAGCAGCCUGACCGCCCAGCGAUUCACUGGGUCUCGCACGACUUCAAGAAGGAGCGCAUCAUGUCGUACCGCGAGUUGGCGGACGCGAGCAACAAGGCGGCAAAGGCGUUCCAGGACAAGGGGAUUAGGAAGGGCGACCGCGUCCUCAUUCAGCUGCCGCGAGUGUGCGAAUGGUUCGUCGCCGUUCUCGGGUUGUGGAGGAUCGGUGCGGUUGCGUCGCCUUCGACGUCGCUCCUGGUCUCCAAGGACUUGAAGUUCCGCGCCGAGGUUGCGAAAGCCAAAGCGUUCAUUGGCGAUCACGAGUCCUGCGGACGCUUCGAAGAAAUCUCUUCGACCGUCGACAUCUCGCUCAUCUUCCAGGUCCGGACAGACGAUGACCGAGGACUCGGUGCGGGACGAGUUGACUUCCAGGAUGUGCUCUCGAACGUUCCGGACGGGACAAAGUGCGAAGCUCCUGAAGGGCACAAGUCGACGGACCUUGUCAUCCUGUUCUUCACGAGCGGGACGACGGGAGCGCCCAAGAUGGUCCUCCUCGAGGCAGAAUAUCUCGUCGGGCACACCAUUACGGGCUUGUGGUAUCAAGCCAAACCUGGGACGCUCGUGCUGUGCAUGGCGGACUUGGGAUGGGCGAAGGGUACAUAUGGCGCGGCGGGCAGCUUUAGCGUCGGCGCGACACUCUUUGUUCAGCCUCCUCCGCCUGGCGCUUUUACGCCCGCUCAACUCAUUGAGUCGCUCUACCGCUAUCCAAUCGAGACGCUUUGCGCCCCUCCCACCAUCUACCGCGCCCUCGUCACUUCUGCCGGCCGUGCGGCGCUCCAGAAGCAGCCGCUCAAGAAACUCCGGCACUGCGUCGGCGCCGGCGAGCCGCUCAACCCCCAGGUCAUCACGGAUUGGCGCGAGAUCACUGGAUUGACUAUUCGCGACGGGUGGGGAAUGUCGGAGACUGUUCCUGCUGUGGCGAACUUUGAGGGAAUCGAGGCGCGUUCGAUGGGCAAGCCCGCCCCGUUCUUCCAGAUGGGUAUCGUCGGCCAGAACGGCGAAGAGCUGCGGGACGGCGAAGAAGGCGAGCUCGCGAUCCGGACAGACAAGGGCGCGGGCAGCUGCUGGAUCUUCAAGGGCUACGUCAAGAAUGGCAAGGUUGACAAGCGGCAGAAGAGUCACGGCGGCAAGACCUGGUUCUGCACCGGCGACCGCGGGAUGCGAGACUCGGACGGCUACUACUGGUUUGUCGGACGGGACGAUGAUGUCAUAACGUCGAGCGGCUACCGCAUUGGUCCCUUUGAGGUGGAGAGCGCGCUGAAGACGCACCCAGCUGUCGUCGAGUCGGCGGCGGUAGGCUCGCCAGACCUAAGCCGCGGAGAGGUUGUCAAGGCGUUUGUGAUCCUCUCGGACGAGUACCGAGACAAGGUGCUGGGCAAGGAGGACAAGGAGAAGGAACUUAGGCUCGACAUGCAGAAUCACUUCAAGAAGAUGACGGCGCCGUACAAAGUCCCUCGCGAGAUCGAGUUCGUCGACACGCUGCCCAAGACCGUCUCUGGCAAAAUUCGACGAAUCGAGUUGCGCGAGCUGGAGAAGCAGCGCAAGGCGGACAUUGUCAAGCAGCAGAAGGCCAAGUUAUGA